AUGCCUGGCCAAUCAUUGCUACUGGCACAUCGGCUCGAGGGAAAGAACGUAUUGCUAGUUGGAGGUGGCGAAGUAGCGCUAACAAGAUUAAAGAAGCUGAUCCCUACAGGUUCUCGAGUGACAUUGAUUGCGCCAGAGGUGCAUCCCGCCGUUUGGGAGAAAUAUUGCUCAUUCAUAGGCCCAGAUGAAGCCAACAGUAGAGUGGAUUUCACAGACAAGGAUUGGAGAGCCAAGAAUGGCAUAUACAGAGUGAUCAAGGAAGGGUUCAAGUUUGACUACCUGGACCUGUACAGAAAGGACAAUGAUAGCGGAUGGAGCUUGAUUCUUACAUGCAUUCCCGACAAACCACUGAGUGAAGAGAUCUAUCACGAAAGUAAGAGGCGGUUUGGCUCGCAACAAACCGUGAACGUAGCAGACAACCCGCCGCUGUGCGACGUGUACUUCGGCGCCGAACUCAACUUUGGCGCUGGAGAUGACAGCAGGAUGCAGCUGAUGAUAAGUUCCAAUGGGAUGGGGCCAAGAUUCGUGGCGUUGGUGAGAGACGAGAUCAGACGAAUGCUCGAGGGGAUCGAUUUCGAGUCCAGCUUGGACAAUUUAGGUGCAUUAAGACAAGCAGUACGAGGCAUCGCCAGCAACGAUAGUCGCGAUACCAAGUACAGGAUGAACUGGAUGAAACGAUGUACCGAGACGUUUGGUAUCAAGAACUGCGAAAAUCUAAACGUUGAAGAACUAACCAAACUGUUCGAGAAGAUGUACAAUGACGAUCAGAACAUGCAGUUCCCCCGAGAGGAGGAAAUGUUUGAAAAAUAUUUGCAAUAA